CUGCUAUCGAAGUAACGAACGAUACAAUUCGAUAGUAUCGAUUCAAAUAUAUGUAACAAUAUCAUUCAUUCGAAUGGAUUCGUUGUGCUUGUGUUGUUGUUGCUGGCUGUAUAUUUGUGUGUGUGUGUAUUGAAGAAUUUACAAUUUGUCACUAAUAUUUUCGAUAAUUAUUGUAAAACAACAAUUCAACAACCCAUCACGAUGAAUAUGGACGAUAAUCUAGAUGUAAAACCAUCUUUUGAUCAGGCAACAGCUUCGAAUAAUGCUGAUCAACAGGCAUCAAUAUCAUCAUUUUAUCCAUUACCACCGAUGCGUUAUAUAAAACAAUUUACUGACAUUAAUGUUCGUAAUCGUUGUACACCGUUACCACCAAAACCAUUCGCACCUGGUUCCUAUCUUAUGUUUGGUCAAAAUAUUACUAUUGAUGAUACGAUUAUACGAUCAUUAGAAUCACAAGGUCUUCGUCGUUUAUAUCCAAGAGAAUAUGAUCAUAAACGAGAGUUGAAAAAAAUUAAUGCAUCAAUUUUGGUCAAUUUUUUGGAUCUAAUCGAUGUUCUUAUCCGCUGUCCGGAUACACAUAAACGUGAAGAAAAAUGUAACGAUCUUCAAUUGUUAUUUAUAACGAUGCAUCAUUUAAUCAAUGAAUUAAGGCCACAUCAAGCACGUGAAUCGAUACGUGUAUGUUUAAAGAUGCAAAAGAAACAACGUGAAGAAACGACGAUCAAAUUAUCGAAACAAAUUGAACGUAUACAAGAUAUUAUUCGUACGGCCAUACAAAAUAUAAAAGACAAAGAUAUUAAUAAUCUAUUACAAGAAACAUUGCCCGAAAAUUUUCAAUCAAACAGGAAUCCAUCAUCAUCAUCAUCAUCAAUGAUGAAUGAUGAUUUAUCAUCUAUAUUAACUAAUGGUGGUAAUAUUAAUAGUCAUGAUCCAAUGAAAAAAUUGAUUGACGAUGAUGAUGAUGAUGAUAAUAAUGAUGAUGGUGGUGGCGAUAUAGGCCAUCCAUUUAGACAAUCAGCAAUAUCUAAAAUGACUGAAUUAGAUGCAUUCAUGUGUGAUCUAAUUGAUGAACAAUUCUGAUUAUUAUUAUUAUAAAUGAUAACAUUUCAUUAAUCAACUUCUUUUUUUUC